GGCGGUGGGGGGGCGUCAAUUAGAAAGAAAUAUAUAUAGAUAUAAAAUAAAAAAGAGCAACAAAAUCCGGAAGCGAGGAGUCCUGGAGAGCGUUUUUUUCCCAUUUGUUUAUCCGCGGAGAAUCAAAGCUGAGGACUGAUCCCGGACCUGGACGCUGCCGCAGCAAGAGGAGGGAAGCAACAAAAGAGCAUUGAACUUGUGACCACUUCUGCAUCUGCGCAGGACACAUAGAUGGUUGGUCCCGAGCGCGGCCGCGAGCAUGAACGCACAGCUGUCGAUGGAGAACAUCGGAGACCUGCACGCAGUGAGCCAUGAGUCGGUGUCCGGCCACGGAGAGCUGCACUCCCGCCUGAGCCCGCGCGGGCUCGGACACCGCGCCAUGGGCAUGGCGACCCUGCUGGACAGCGGAGACUAUCACCCCGGACACCCGGGGCACCUGCACCCCGCCAUCAGCAUGUGUGAAGCCCCGCCUGGGAUGAGCGCGAGCAGCACUUACACCACGCUGACGCCGCUGCAGCCCUUACCCCCCAUCUCCACGGUGUCCGACAAGUUUCCUCCGCAUCACCACCACCACCAUCACCAUCCGCAUCAUCCGCACCCCCACUCGCACCAGAGGAUCCCCGGGAACGUCAGCGGCAGCUUCACGCUGAUGCGCGAGGACCGGAGUCUGGCCCCCAUGAACAGCCUCUACUCCUCCUACCAUCACAAGGACCCGUGCAUGGGCCAGAGUCUGUCCCCGCUGUCGGGCUCCGGUCUGGCCAGCAUACACACCACCCAGGCGGGCAUCCCCCCCUACGCCCACCCCGGCGCCGCCAUGCCCGGGGAGAAGAUGCUGACCCCCAGCGGGUUCGAGGCUCACCACCCGGCCAUGCUCGGCAGACACUCGGAGCAGCACAUGAGCUCGGUCCAAAUCAACGGCCUGCACCACCACCCGCACGCCCACCUCGGCGCGCAGGGCCACGGCCAGGGGCUGGGCAGCAGCCGGGAGCAGGCCUCCGGGCUCGGGCAGCAAGGGGGCGCCGGUGGAGGAGGAGGAGGCGGCGUCUCUGGAGGACAGAUGGAGGAGGUGAAUACCAAAGAAGUGGCGCAGAGGAUCACCACGGAGCUGAAGCGCUACAGCAUCCCUCAGGCCAUCUUUGCCCAGAGGGUCCUGUGCAGGUCUCAGGGGACUCUGUCCGACCUUCUGAGGAACCCCAAACCCUGGUCCAAGCUCAAGUCCGGCAGGGAGACGUUCCGGCGGAUGUGGAAGUGGCUGCAGGAGCCUGAGUUCCAGCGCAUGAGUGCGCUCAGGCUCGCAGGUGAGCGAAGCCUCGGUCUGCAGUGGUCAGCACCAUCCACUAUCCAAAGUGGUCCCAGGAAGACGCCAAUGGCCACCCAUGACCCCCAUUCCGGUUCUCCGCUUUUUCCGCCAUGGACAAAUGCAGACUCGGAACAACCCGCUGCACUUUGGGCGGCAAAAGAGGGACAGUAUUUGGCAGGUGGUUCUAAUGUUAUGACUCAACCAUCGUGCAAGCGGAAGGAACAGGACCACGGCAGGAGCGAGCGAGGCAACGUGACCAAGAAACCCCGGCUGGUCUUCACUGACGUCCAGCGAAGGACUCUUCACGCCAUCUUCAAGGAGAACAAACGUCCCUCCAAAGAGCUGCAGCUGACCAUCGCGCAGCAGCUGGGCCUGGAGCUGGCCACCGUCAGCAACUUCUUCAUGAAUGCGCGUCGCAGAAGCCUGGACAAGUGGGUGGACGACGGCUCCGGCCACCCGGUCAACCCCAACGCCUGCACCAAAGCCUGACCCCACUCAACUCAUGGACUGACUCACUCUCGGUGGAAAAGCUUUAAAGAGAAACUUACAAAGAACUUGAAGUGUUGCCCUUAAAACUGUACUAUAUUGAUAUUUAUAGUAUCCAAAGAUGAAAAAACAAACCAAAGACUUUGACCUGCUUUUGUUCCAGAAACACGUUGGUGUGUAACAUACUGCAAAAAGACCCUUGUCUGACCCACUCCCACACACUCUGUCACCGUCACUGGUCUCUAGCUUUACGACCCCCCCCCCCUUCACCACCUCCCAGCCCAGUAUCAAUCCAUCGUUCACCACCCUUCUUUAAUCUGAUUGGUUGGUUCUAAUGAUGGAGACCGAAGCGGAGGUUUAAUCAGCCUGUUGGCAGUCUGGUCUGCAGCCCUGGACAGAAUGUGGAGCUCCGCUGGGAUUGGCCAAUCAACGUGAAGAAAAAAUAAUCCCAACUGGAGCGUCCGGAUCGUUGUGCAACUUUUCUUUUUUUUUUUUUUUUUUGAAUCGAUGAACUAUCUGUCUGUGCAGCUGUCUGUUUUUCUAUCAAACACCUCAGACAGAGCGGAUCAAAGAGCGCUAACCCCCGAACCAGAGCCCAGACGUGUAGCGCUUUCUUCCAACACGCUUUCAAGACACAAACUCCAAAGCCCCGAAUCUCACCGCGCAAUUCAGAGACGAAAUCAGACCAAAGAUGACGUGGUGCAGUUGAUAAUCCCAAGUGUCGCACUUCGUUUCUGAUUCAAAAACCUCUGUGAAGCGCCAACAUUCACUACAAUCAAAACCUAGUCGACGCCCUUUGGCCUUUAAAUCUGAUAUUCAAGGUCAAUAAUUUGGCUCCAUUGUUCUCCACUGUUCACGGAAGCAGAGUCGUGCGGAUGUAGCUUUAUUGACUGGUCACACUUUUCACACAUUCUAAAUCCAGAUUAUUGUGGUGUGAAUGUAGCGUUAGCUCUGCAGUUAGCUGGCCAGCUAACGCUAACUCACCCCGCGAAUUUAGCGUCAACAUUUUGACCAGUUCCACUCGACUCUUCCCUUUUUGCUCAAUAACCCAAACACCAUUUUUCGAUUCUAAUCCAUAAAAUCAUUCUCAUGCGCCGACAGCCUUUGCUAUCACAUCCGUGAGUCCGUUUUCAUCUCAUCUCCUUUUUCAGCCGAGGAGACGAUAUCAAUGAUCAGAUCCCUGCACGGCCAUCUCAGCCCAUCACCUGAAUACCAAGAAGCCCCCUCCCUGUUCCCGAUCCCCACCCCCCAGCUCUGCAUGCAUCUCAGCGGCAGGAGGAGAGCGCUACACGGAGGCCAGCGGAGGUCAGCGUAGCAUAUUAGAUAUAUUAGCUGGCCCGCUGCCGUCGUCUUGGCUCGGAGAGGGGGUUCGCCAGAACAAGGCGGGGCCCAGACAGAACUGCUUGGAGAGGAAAAGGGGAGAAAAAAAAAACCAAAAAGACGACAAGAAACCAAAAACAAUUGUGUAAAGACCUGAUGAUGUUUUAUAGUGUGAACCAAAGAUGCUACCUCACUCAAGUUCCAUACGUGAUUUCUAUCACUUUGAUGAUACCAAAGAAAACCAAAGAUUUUGUCACAUUGCACGGCCUCGACGAGUGGUGUUCAAAGAUGUUGUGUGUCUCCCCUCCCCCCCCUCGCUCUCGCUCUUCCCCUCCCCGGCCCCACCCCGCCCACCUGCACUCAGCCCCCGCGCCCCGGCUCUGCCUGCUUCAUCUGGACUCUCUGAUUACAGAUCCAUAGAUAGUCGUGCUGAUGUAGCUAUAGGCAGAUGUGCUGAUCCAGCUGCAGAUACACACAAGCUGGUGCUGUGAAGCCAGUACAGUGGCUUCAGGCCCAGCGGAUUUCAGUCCCACCACGUGACUCGGGCCGGCCUGUGUGUGUGUCUGCGGUGAGCUCAGGCUGCGUCACCACCCCGAACGCUUCAAGGUCCUGGUUCUGUUUACAUGAGCAGCACUUCCUCUGGCGCCACAGUCAAAUAGCAGCGUCCGGUUGUUGAAGGUUCCGUUUUUUUAGGCUCCUCUCGUGUAGCAGCACGUAGAGUAAGACUCUUCGAGGAAUCCUGAGGGUGCAGCAGAUCUCGGGGUCCUGUUGGAAGUUGAGCUGAGCCAGAGGGCAGGAGCCUGAGCCUCAUGAGGCCACAGAAAGUCCCAGUCAACGUAGCGCCACUAAAGUGGGCUGAAAGUGGUGGAACCACGAACAGUGAUUCCAUCUGACCCAACAUUUGGGGUAUGAAACGCAAAUUUAACCACCAUUUCCUUCCUCAUUAUUGCACUUAUUUUGACCUGCCAAUCAUAAAUACAAUCGACAAAGCAAUUUAAACCUAUUUAUACCUUUUUCCAAAGAUUUUUGUAUAAUUAUCACUUAUUUAUUGUAUUUAUUUAUAAUGAUUUAUUUUAACUAUUUAAUAUUUAAUCUUUCUGCCAUCAAACAAAGACACUCUUGAUGCUUUAUUUUAUUUGAGGACAAUUCCAGUCAACCCAUGCACUUCUGUGUGUUUGUCUUUAUUACAUCACAGUUAACGUGAACUACUCUCCUACAUCUGUUUCAGCUCUCUGUAUCAGUCGCGUCAUGUGAGUUUGUCUGUCCUCUGAACGUGAUGAAAAACCGUCUGGGUUCCCCUCCACUCCGGCCUGGGAACCCUUGAGAAUCCCUCCAAAGCGGAGGCCAUUAUUUGAAGCCCAUCCGGGCCAUGGAUCAUGAGUGGAUCCAAGUUAGUGGUCGGCAGUUCUGGAACUUCAUCUCCUGAUUUCGGUGUUGCUGCUCAUGUAAACCAGUCCUGAAGCGAGUCCUUGUCCAGCGGCGCCAGCCUUGUCUGCGCUCCAGUGUGGACGCAGCCUCGGAGGCCGGCCUCUCCCGUCGCCGCGGUCAGAACUCCACGAUAGGUCGACAUGUUCCCCACAUGUUGCAAUCUUUCUUAAAACUCCCAGGACGAGUGCCUUGCUUGAACCAAAGUAUUAAACCGCUGUUGACCUCUUUGUGAAUACCUCAGCCUGUCGACGGGCCGCCACCGACGAAACAAGGAUUUUUCCGUUCCUUUCUGUAAUCACGCCGCGGUGCUUCUUUUUCGCCAACCAUGCAAUGAAAACGUACCAAAGGAAAUUCUGUUGUCCACUUCUGCAGAUUCAAACCAAAGCUCUUUGUUUCUCUCUGGCCCGCCCCCUCCCCCUGCCCCCGCCCCCCUGCCGUAUGUGCGCGUGUGCGUGUGCGAGAGAAGGUCCAGCACUCUGGCCGUGCAUGUCUUUACCAAUGUCUCUGAAUACCUCAUAGUAAUAAUUCCUUUGAGUUCUGCAUUGAGACGUCUAUCUGUAAGUUAGGCAGAACUCCUCUUGUGUGGUAAUUGUUGUUGUUAAAAAAAAAAAGAAAAAAGAAAGAAAAAGGUGUAUCUAUUUUGGGAGGUGCAGAAGUCAUUGAGUUUCAGGGUUGACGUAUGAAACUAGCGGGAUGGCGGGAGAAACAUAUUUUUUAUCAGACAUUGGGUUACGAUGUUUAGACAUAUUGCUUUUUACAGGGUAAAACCAACUGCUGUGAUAUUGUGUUCAUGUUUCUCGACUUCUGUGUUGUGCUUUUUUUUAAUUUAAUUGCAUUUUUAUAUUGGUUAACCACUGCUUUAAUUUAUGUAGAAAUUCUAGAUUUGUACAUAGUAAGAGGGAUGAAGAGGGAGGGGCCAAAAAAAAAACACACAAAAGAAAAAAAGACGGUUUUACGUUCCAGCCUUAUUUCCCACGCUUAGAUACCACCGCGAAAGGUGUAGUUUGUCUUCUUCAGCCGGCAUUUUAAUGUGUUCUGAACACUGCCACAGACCCAGACAGUUGAUGUUCCGAUGCAGACAAAGUGAUCAAGGAGCUACUUUGUUAAACUGCUGGCAAAAAAAGCAGUGUGUGUGUGUGUGUGUGUGUGUGUGUGUGAGAGAGAGAGAGAGAGAGAGUGAGUGACUGUGUGUUUCUAUUCUUUUUAUCUGCCUAUACAGUUCUUUUAUGGGUAUUACUGCACAUCCAAAGAUUUUUAAAACAAACGGAAAAAUUGGAAAAAAAAAUAUGUAUGAUGUUAAGAAAAGCACUGGCAUUUGUGACGUAGUUCUUUUUCUUUUUUUUUGCCAUUCACACGGGUAUAGAAUGUAGAAGGCGUAGGGCGACGUAGACAAGCUAACCACUAGGGGGACUCUCCUGCUCUAUGUACAAUCCCAAACAUUCGAAUCAGGGGCUGCAAGUCCCGACUCCACUUUGCUGUUUCUUACACGGAGUGAGGUGGAGUGGAGGCCGGGCAGCCGGUCUGCCGGGGGCCGUGCCACGGAGCUGGGUCUGUUGCCAUGGCACCGCCGCCUCGCCCCAUCCAGUAUCUGUUCUUUUGGUACGGACUUGUGUAACGAACCCCAGCAAAGUCUAAUAAAAACCUGCUACGAACAUGACCAAGAAAGCGAAGCGUGCGUGUGGAUGUUUCUUCCAGUCGCGGGGUGCGGCUCUCCGACCCGCUUCCUCUCAUCCGUCCUCAAGUGGUGGCGCUGUCCGAGCCUUCAAAUCUGGUCUUUUUUUAAUCAUGUGCUGGAUCAGAUUUGGGUGGGACAGAGAAAUGUGUCUUAGGCUGCACUCUUGGGUCCAUUGCAAGACUGUUGUUACACGUUGUUGCCGCAAGGGGACGCUGCCUGACUCCGAUCUUUUUAAUCAUGUGAUAGAUCGGGUUUGUCACCCGUCCGACAUGUAAGCGUGAGACGAAACUACAGAAUACAAAAGUAUUGCAUUUCAUGUGGUGGUGUGUCGUCAUUGUUCGGCGAGUUUUGUGCGUCGCCCAGUUUCUUCACGCCAAACUGCUCGCUCACAAUGCCCGGGGUUGCGUUCCGAAAUUUAAAUCCCGCUCUUCUAAAACCCAAGUCACGCCCACCCAAAAUAUUCUCAGCAACCUCUUACGAUAUGUUUAUAAACACAUGUACCGCUGCGUGUAUUUGGACUUGAGAGCUGCCCCUGCGACGCUACAAUGCCAAGCACAAGAGCAGCUCAUCCUUCAGGAUUCGGCUUCAAUUCUUGACAUUGCGGUCUUUGGACACCAGGGGAGCCAGUGCAUUACGCUCUAGAGAUGACUGGAUAUUUGUCAAACUUGUAGCAAAUUCCUGGAUUUAACUUCAUAUUUAAACCUUCCCUUACUGCAACGUCAUCCAAGACUCGGAGUAGAGCUUCUCAUUUAAGGCAAAAUCUUGGGUGGAUACUGGGUUUUCAUGUGAGCAGAGCAGAGUGUGGACGUGAAGGUUAGCAGGAGUUCCCCGCACCGUGGCUAGCUUGGCUACGAGCCUCAUGAUAAUACGGCGGCGCCUAAGACAAUCAUCUGGAUCUCUAACGCUGGGGGGUAAAGGUUUCUCACCCGCGGACGAGGGUCCUCCAGCUACUCACAAAUGAAGAUGCUUGAAGGGUUUUGAUAAACAAGCAGAUUUAUUGCCACCAACAUUUAGCAACUUCAAACCAUCAUCCACUUCCUGCUUCUUUAUUUUGUUUCCUGCUAAAUUCCAAAGCUUUUCGGGUUUCAAAUGUGUGCGUGUGCGUGCGUGCGUGUGUGUGAGACGGAGGGAGGCCUGGUCCUCUCGGAUGUAAACCUCCAUAUGUCAUGACCUGAUUUGUCAUCGCUGUUUCCAGAGCUUUGCUGCCGCUUUCUCAGUGCCGUGCAAUAUCAUCUGUUGUGAUUGCUAAGCAAAUGACAAAAAAAAAGGAAAGAAAAUUGAGAAGCAAGUGAUGAUGUCAUCCAGCUUUUUUCAGUGUUCAAAUGUUUCAACAUUUCUGUAGUCAC